UGUGUUACGCAGACUGGUCAAGGUGGCUACGUCAUGCGUCACUGCGUUUAUCCGUAGUCUCGUGACGCCAGUCUCGCGUGAUGAGUCUUGUGGUUCGAGAUUUUGUGCGAGGAAGGAGGCUAGGAAUUGUAGACGCAGUUAACAGCGUUGCGAAAAGGUAUCACUGAGGAUGACUGAGGCGUUUGGAGCUCAGGAACUUUUUGAAAAGAUGUUUGAACAGCGGUUUACAGACAAUGACCAGGAUUACCAGGAGUAUCUUAAAAGGGAGCAAGACCAACCCCCAGUUGUCGAAGACUGGAAAAUGGGAAACCAAAGAAAUACAGAUAGAUAUCGUGAUAAUAGACAUCAUAGAGGAUGGGAUGGAAGGCAAAACUGGUCCAGCAACAGCUACAAUCAGUCAUACGGAAGGGGAGGUUGGGGGAACAGCUAUAACCAGUACAGACAAGACCGACCUUACUACCCACAAGGACGCUACACACACAACCCUAGCAACCAAAGGUUUCACUCAGAUCGAUAUUAGUGGAAUUGUUAUUCAGCUGCAGGAUUUUUUUUUUUUUUUUUACAUAUAAAUCAAGCAUUGGCACAAAAUUA